UUUGGGGGGGGGGAGUAUUUUUAAGCAAGUUUUUCAAUUAUUAUUUUAAAUUAGAGAAAAUACCAGCAGAGACCAAUCUGAACUGAAAACUGUCUAAAUUAUUCUGUAUGCAAGCUUAGCUAGGCAGACUGCCCUAAUCCUUUCCCCUGUCCCUGUGGAUUUGAUCAGGAUGCAGUGUUCAGAUCCUUGUUCAGGAAUGACUUCCUUUGCCCUGCGUGUCACAGCAUCUCAGGAGUUGGUGUCAGGGGGAGCAGGACAGAACUGCCAGAUAUGGUUUAGUGUGGCCUUGGCAGUGUUAGGUUUACAGUUGAACUCGAUGACCUUAAAGGUCUUUUCCAACCUAAUGACUCUGAUUCUGUUUAGAUCCAGGUUCUAGGGAAAAAAAGAGGGAAGAGAUACAGUGGGAACAGAACUGUGAUAUUUGCAGCAGUUUGCCUUUCCUCAGAAGAUAACUGAGAGUUCUGCAUGGAGAUGGCAAAAGGUAAAAUCACCAUUUCUCAGUGUUAAAACAGACUGGCCAGCACAACUUUUUCAAGGUCAUCUGUUCUCAGACUCUGUACUGCAGCUUUUCUGCACAUAGCUGAAUCUUGUACUCUUCAUUAACUGGUAACAAUACAUUGUUACAUUAAAACCAAACCAAAUUCUUCCAGGCUUUUCAUUCGUUUCCUGGCAGAUGAUUUCUUGACCUCUGCCAUGUCUAAUCAUGAAUUUAACAUUAUGCUGAUGAACUUUCUGAGACUAGGGAGUUUUUAAAUUAUGUUUAUUCCUGGAAUUCUUAAAAAUAAUCAGCCUGUGCAUUCUGUGCUAACAGAACCAGAGUCUUGAGAAGGGUUUCCCAAGUUUCCUGUAAUGCCAAAGUCCAGGAACAUUUUUCUUGGAUUAAAAAUAAAUUUAAAAAGUAAGUAAAACCAUGUGAACUUAGUACUUGUGCAAGAAGCAGAUUCAGCAGCAUCAGUGAGAUGUCCUUUGCUUGGCUAUAAGGAGAGCUGUUUCAAAAAGCCUCCUCCUGUCUGUUUCAGCCCUACCUGAGACUUUCACAAGACACUUCAAACUCAUUCCUGUAAAAUAGUCUGAAUUCCACAUCCAACCUUGGCAUCUGUAGCUGUGGCAUCCAUGAACCAGGAGCUGUGUCAGGAGCUCUCUACACUGGCAUUUACAACUCCCUUGUGGGAGGGUGACAGCUGUAGUAAGGAAUGCACUUCCAUUCUGAAUAUCCUCUCCCUUUAUCCAUAGGCAGACCUAUACUUGGAGUUUGCAGUCCAGCUCCCCUAAAGAAGGACAUGCCAGUCUGCAGAAUUGCUACAAUUGACUCAUUGUUCUGCUGUGUCAGAUCGCACGGUAUUCCCCGCAGAGGGAGCGGCCGGAGCCGCGGUGCUGGCUGUGCCCGGGGCUGCCGGGGUGCCGGGGCUGCCGCUCCCCGGGCGAUGCCGAGAUGCGGAUCAGGAGGCUCCUCCCGCUCUGCCGCCGGUGCUGGGGGAGCUCGGCUGGUCUCCGGUGCCGGGGAAGGCUCCGGGGCCCGGCCGGCAGCGGCUCCAGCACCAGGGACAGCGGGCGGGGAGCGGAGCGGGCGGGGAGCGCCUCAGGGCAGAGCUCCCUUAGAGCGGCGCCUCGGGGCUCAGUGCCCGUGGGGCUGCCGGGACCGGCGUGGGACCGAACGGGAAGGGACAGCACGGGAAGGAUUCGGAGCUCCUGCCCUGCCCUUCGGCCCGGCCCGCUGGACACCUCUGUCACCCUUCACACUGCACAGAGCACGCCAAGUACAGCAGCUCCGGGAACAUCAGCCCUCGCUCCCUGGAGUACAAACCAAGGUUCUGUUGUCCUGAAACAAAGCCGUAACAUCAGAGACAGCACUUAAAAACCCACAGCCAAAGCCUGCCCUCCCUGGUAGGGAUUUGGCUGCGGGCUGAUUGAUAGCUCAAAUCACUUCAUCAGCCUCUGGAAUAGCGACAUGCUCAUUUCCAUGAGAGAUGAAACCACUUCUCUGAUGUUGUCUUUCAAUAGUAUAAAUUUGUUAGCAUGAAAGAGAUCUCUUUCACGGCAAUAAAUACAUAAAUUAUAAGCAAUGCAUAAGGUCAGAAAUGAAAUUUAAGGAAAAAAAAAUACCAGAAAAAUCAUACAAGGAGAGUUCACAAACUCUCAUUUCACAAAAUAAGACAGGAGUUAAUUAUUACUUGUGAUAGGGUUUCUUGUAUCCUGAACAUUAAAAGAAAUUAAUAAGAAAAGGUAUAAAUUUUUCACAACAGUGCUAAUUAACAUUCUAUGAUUUAUCACCCUUUAAUAGGUAAUUUGCUGUAGUGAGAACAUUAAGGAUAAGUGAGAAUGAAGCCACAAUAGUAUUUUCCUCAAAUUUCUUAAUUAUUCAUGGUACAAGACGUUUUAAAUGAAUCCUUUCCUUUCUUUUUUGCUAAUUGAAGGGCAAAAUACUCUGUUUAUUUAGUACCAAGAAAACAUUUGUUCAGCAUGAUCUGUGAUAUUUUUUAUAUAAAGGUCCAUCUGACUAAAUAAUUACCACCUGCACUGUAAAUUUUUGGUAGUUGUACUUGACAUAUUGGUAUUAAGGUAUUUGUCAGUCCAUUCUCUACUUUUGUGCUGAAAAAAAAUAGAAUUCAGUAUUUUUCUCCUGAUUCAAUCAAAAUGCCUUCUAUGCAAACAACAUCCAGACUUAGGUGCUGGCACAACCACAUUGAUGUAUACUUGUCCUUCUGCAAGUCCUGGUUUUAUAAUUUUUUUCAAGCAAUGUUACAAAUAGAGUGAAAGUAACUUUUAAUAUUAUUUUUGUAAUUAUGUAUUAAUAUAUACUUGUUGUGUAAA